GGGGCGUGCUAGUUGAGUGACAGCUGCGGCUUCUGUUUCUUGUCAGAAGCUGCGCAGCGAGAGGAGGCGAGAGGCGAAGACCCCGAGAGCUCAGAGACACCGCCAGGAGACGAUGGCGGCGGAAGUGGAGGCCCACAAGCUGCUGGUGCGGCGAUGCGUCGACGACCUCAAGAAGCUCGACGGCGCCAGCAGGUACCAGGUGGCCACCUUCAUCCCUUCAAUCCAGAAGCUCGGUGAUCUGAAUCUCAAGCUCCUGAGGCUGCCCAAGAGCCUCAGUGAGGAUGUGGCGGACGUGAUGGCACAGCAGGGAGCAGCUGAGCUGCUGGCCCAGGCUCUCACGUCUCUGUCUGACAAGGACUCCCCGGUGCCCGACGCAAACACCAGACUCAUCAACGCCACUGUGAGCAUUCUGAUGAGCUACACGGACUUCAGCCCAGCAUUGGGCCGUGCUGUGGGUCAGUGCGGCACCAUCAAACAUCUCCUGGACAUCCUGAAGCACCAGCCGCUGUGGGAGCGCAGCAAGACUGAGCCGGCCAUACUCAGGCUGCUGGUGAACACCGUCUCUCUGCUGGGGAACCUCUCCCGCGAGCCAGAGAACCGCGCCUGCUUCCGCCAGAGCAACGCGGUGCCCGUGAUGCAGGAGAUGCUCAAGAAGGACAACGUGGAGGUCAGGUUGGCUGCCCUGCAGGUCAUCGCCCUCGUGCUGGAGGAGAGCGACUGCGACCCCCUGGGAGAGACGAACACCACUAACGAGCUGCUCCAGGCCAUCAGUCGGCCCAGCGUGUACGGCCGAUACAAGUCGGUGGGUGUGAUCAUAUACCUGACGGAGGAGCUGCUGGAGAUGCUGGCCAUGCUGUCCGUGUGCUGGCCGGUGCGCAGGAAGAUCUACGAGGCGGGCGCCGUGGCUCCGCUGGUGCAGAGCCUGAGGCAGGGCCGCUCCGUGGAGAAGCUCCACGCGGUGACGACGCUCAGCAGACUCAGCCGCGACCCCGGCACCUGCUCCCAGAUGAGGCAGGAGGGACAACUCCACUGCCCCAUAUGGAGCACGAACCAGAACCAGCUGAGGGAGAGAGCGGCCGUCUCCUGGGGCAGCGUCGUGCUCCGCGCCGUCAAGGGCUUCAUCUCGUGCUGCUCCUCCUCCAGGUCCAAGGAGGUGCAGGCUCGCCUCGCAGGCGUCCCCAAGUGGCAGGAGGGUGACGUGCAGGCCUGGCUGGAGGAGAGCAGCCUGGGCGCCUACUGCCCCAACUUCACGCAGAUCGACGGCCGCAUCCUCCACUCGCUCCUGGAGAUCCGCCAGCAGGCCCCGGAGUUCUUCGCCAUGGUGGCACGGGAAGUGGGCGGCUUCCACCGCCUGGAGGACUUCCUCAAGUUCCUGGAUGCUGUGGAGAAGCUGCACUGAUGAGGUGGCAGAGUCGAGGACAGAGCAGCUGAUUGGAGCUCAACCACACAAACACAGCACAACCACACACGUGACGACAACCACACACAUGACAACCACAUGCCGUACAACCAGACACGCCGGGACUGCACCUACAUGCAGCCGAGCACCAGUGACUGCCAUGCGCACUUGAACACCAAACCUCGAACUCUACGCUGAUAACUCCAUGCCACGCCAUUUCUACCACAGCAUAACUGCAAUCUCUGACAGCCACUCACGCCACACAGGUGACACAGGUGACGCAGGUGACACAGGUGACGCAGGUGACGCAGGUGACACAGGUGACACAGGUGACACACACCCAGCACAGCCUACUGGGCUCGCUGACGACCGUGGGUACUGGACCCUGAACAGGGCUUGGGCCCACGGCCGCACUCACUCACACACUCACUCACUCACACACUCACUCACUCACACACACACUCACUCACACACUCACUCACACACACACUCACUCACACACUCACUCACUCACACACACACUCACUCACACACUCACUCACUCACACACACACUCACACACUCACUCACACACUCACUCACUCACACACUCACACACUCACUCACACACUCACACACUCACUCACACACUCACUCUACACUCACUCACACUCACUCUACACUCACUCACUCACACACUCACUCACACACUCACUCACACAUACACUCACUCACACACACACACUCACUCACUCACACACUCACUCACACAUACACUCACUCACACACACACACUCACUCACUGACACACUCACUCACUCACACACUCACUCACACACUCACUCACACACUCACUCACACACACGCUCACGCACUCACACACACACACUCACUCACACACACACUCACUCACACACACUCUACACUCACUCACACACUCACACACUCACUCACACACUCACUCACACACACGCUCACGCACUCACUCACACACACACUCACUCACACACACUCUACACUCACUCACACUCACUCACACACUCACUCACUCAUGCACGGCCAUUCACACUGCAUGCCCGCAGACGAUGACGGUGGCUUCUUUGAGGCCUACAGAGGCCAGCACGGCGCUCACACUGGCACAGGCUCUGUGAUGCUGCUGCUGCUGCUUGCAGGCAACACCGAAUGCUCUCAGACGCCCGUGGCCCAUGGCCACCUGUGGACGUGAAGAGGCCAUCCACUGCCCCAAUCAGCUUCUUGUCUCUGGGUCUCCGGGUUUCUUCUCUUUGUUAUCAUGAUUCUGUUUAACACGCAGCAGCAGCAGCGGUAUUAGUAGUAGUAGGAGGAGGCUUUCGUGACCAAUAUUAUCCAUGAGAGGCUUUUGGGUUAAAUUGCGUGAAUAUAAAAGUGUCGUUAAACCCCCCACCACCCAACAGCUAAUUAGUCGGGUUUGUCACGUAAACAAAACAUUCCAAUUAGUGACGAGUACAGCACUAAGCGGCUGUGUGUUGAGAGUAAACCCACUACAACAUCUACAACUCGAGUACGCCGUUUCGCCGGUAAUUACACCCGGCCUGAUGUCCAUGUCAGGUGGUGGCGGGUUUGACGACACAUCUACACAAUCUAACCCACAACAAGCCUCUAUUGUCGAUGUCACGAUCCUCCUCGUCAAUCGCAGUUAAUCCGAUGGGUGUCGUUGGACCGGGCACCUCGUAGUGACCGAGCGAGGUGCCCGGCUGGGAUUCGCGUGAACGCAGCGGCGGCUCCGUGUGCACGUCAACGCCGGCAGCAGCGGCAGGGACGCGGCCAGGUGGGGGUGGCGGUGUGGGAAUGUGCAGCGAGGGCGGGAGACGGCUCCACUGGCGCGGCGUGCGUGGUAGCCGGCAGGGCCCCGCCUGGAGGGGAGAGGCCCCGUCGCGGGGCGGUGGGCCCCUGGGUCCGGGUUGGGCAGCAGGAGGAGGGGCAGUGCCGUGGACGUGGGCACUCGUGGCAAGUGCAGCGAGUGGAGACGGAGCCUGGUGGAGGCGGCAUUUCAUCUCGUAAUCUUUUGCUUUAAUUUUAACAUUUUACACGAUAAAGUAGAUUCUAGUGCAACCGUUAGGGUUUGGUUACGAUGGUCCGAGUGCGAUUCCAUCCGGCAGAGCGGCCCUGGCCGCUGUUCACGGUGGGGGUUCUCCACUGUAGCUGUGCUGCAGGUGCCUACGAGCGAGGCCGUGGAUAGCAGCGCGGUGCGGAGACGACCAACGAGUCGGCGUGGAAGAGCCAUCGGCUCCAAGGGCCACGAAGCCCUGGCGAGUCGUGAUGAGGAGUGCAGCAGCAGCAGCAGCAGCUGCAGCAGCAGCAGCAGUAGCAGCAGCAGCUGCAACUGCAGCAGUUGUAGCUGCAAUAGCUGCAGUAGUAGCAACAGCGAGACCAUCGGGGCUGCAGACCCCAGAAGGCCGAGAGCGUCUCUGCUCCUCGUCACCUGCCUGCCGUGGUGGACUCGAUUAGCACCAUCGCAAUCAAACACAAAGUAGAACCUGGGCUCGUGCUCAUGAACAGUAGAAGACGGCGUUAGGUUCUAGUUGAGCGUUGGGGUGAGGUCGUCCCGCCAGCUCUACCGCUCGCCUGGGAGGAGCCAUAAUCCCACUCCGCAAGAGCCUCCCAGGUGCUGCUGUAGACUUGGCGGCUAAGGGAUGAGGUUAUUAAAAGGCAUUCUGCAUUUUCUUCACGGUGAUCAUUAACCAUUAUAAGUCGACGUGAUUGUCAUGUAAAACCCGCUGCUUGCUGAUUGCUCCAUUAAACAUCUACUGCAGCCCUUG